AUGAAGGCGGCAUUAUAUGCAACGCCGAGGAACCGGCAGGCUCCGCAAAGGAGCGGCAAUGCCCCCCAGGCGGCCAAGACGGUGUGGGCAAAGGUGAAGCAUUUGGCCGUCACGUUUCCCAAGUUCGUUGGGCCCGGCUUUAUGAUCUCCGUGGCCUACAUCGACCCUGGAAACUACUCUACAGACAUUGCCGCGGGAGCCUCGUACCGGUACAAGCUCCUCUUCAUCGUCCUCCUCAGUAACCUUUUCGCCAUCCUGCUACAGAGCCUGGCCAUCCAGCUCGGCACUGUGACCGGGCUGGACCUGGCGUCUAUGUGCCGCGUCCACCUGCCACGGUGGCUCAACUGGUUCCUCUACGGGCUGGCUGAGGUGGCCAUUAUCGCGACCGACGUGGCCGAGGUCAUCGGCACCGCCAUUGCGCUCAACCUCUUGAUCCCCAAGCUGCCUCUUGUCUGGGGUUGCGCCCUGUCAAUUGUCGACGUCAUGGCCAUCCUCUUCUUCUACCGGCCCGACGGCGCCAUGAAGGGCCUGCGCCUGUUUGAGGUAUUCGUGUUGCUGCUGGUCUUGGGCGUCGUGGUUUGCUUCUGCAUGCAGCUGUCCCUCAUCAAGGAGACAAGCGUGGGCACAGUCUUCCGCGGGUUCCUGCCCUCGGAUUCCCUUGUCCAGGCCAAGGGGCUGUACCAGGCUUGUGGCAUUCUCGGCGCCACGGUCAUGCCUCACAGUCUCUAUCUCGGGUCGGGCAUCGUGCAACCGCGCCUCAGGGACUACGAUGUUCGCCACGGCCUCAUCCCGCGCGACGUCAUGGACGCGAUGUCGCCGACCCAUGACGACUACGGCAAAGUCGCCUACGUCCCGUCGCACGCGGCCAUCAAGCACUCGCUCAAGUACUCCAUUGCCGAGCUCAGCCUUUCGCUGUUCACCUUUGCUCUCUUUGUCAACUCAGCCAUCCUCAUCGUCGCCGGCUCGUCGCUGUAUAACCUGCCCGAUGCCGUCGACGCCGACAUCUUCAAGAUCCACGACCUAUUGUCACGGAGCAUCUCACCCGGGGCGGGCACCAUCUUCGCGCUGGCGCUGCUGCUCUCGGGCGUCUCGGCCGGCAUCGUAUGCACCAUUGCAGGCCAGAUGGUCAGCGAGGGUGCGCUACGGUGGAAGGUCAAGCCGUGGCUGCGGCGGCUCAUGACGCGCUCCAUCAGUAUCACGCCGUCCAUCAUCGUCGCGGGGACCGUGGGGCGCGCCGGCCUCAACACGGCGCUUAAUGCGUCACAGAUUGUGCUCAGCAUCGUCCUGCCGUUUGUCUCAUUCCCGCUCAUCUACUUUACCAGCCGCCGCCAGUUCAUGACGGCGCAGCCGCGCAUGGUGCGGCACAUGCACACCGGCGACACCGAGGAGCGGCCGAUCGCGGACGGCGAUGCCAGCCAGAGCAUUGACAUGUCCAGCUCGUGGUGGCUGGUUGUCGUUGCGGCAGUGGUAUGGUUAAUCAUUGCCGUCAUGAACGUGGUUAACCUUGUCUUGCUGGGGCUAGGCAAGUCGUAA